AUGAUAGAGGAAGCUUCCACAGAGCGAGCCUUUGAACCUCAUCAUCUUCGUAAUGAUCAUCAUCAUUAUUGUUGCUCCGUGUUCAUUUCAAAAGGGCUCUCGGAAGAAGUGAUCUCAUAUUGGAACAGUCUCGGAAAAGAGAAGACAAGUGAAGACUUACUGACGGCGGGAGUGAUUAUUGAGCAUAAUUCAAGCAAAAUAGAAGCUUCAGAGCAUAAAUCCUUCGAUAUCGUGCUUCGGAAGGUUGUACGGCAAUCAGAUCUCAAUCAUUCCAACAGGACACAGAAAGAUAAAUUGGUUGGAAAAAUUAAAUUUGAAAAGGAUAGUCACACUUCGGAAUGUGAACAUCAUAACCACAACUAUGAAACAAAAUCACAUGAUAGUCAGGAGAAAAUAUUUGUUAUUUUUCAAGUUGAUGCAAGCGCACAUUCUCUGAUAAUUCGUAAUGUAUAUUUAAAUGGAAUCGAUAUUUGCAAAACGAAUAGUAUUUAUUGUAUAUAUUAUCAAGAUGGAGUGAAAUACAAUUCUUACACCAAUGAUGAUGAAGUGAAUGCAAACUCAUCCUACUUGGAUUGUAUCAAUAACGAACCAAAUCAUAAACGACCAGAAAAGAAUCAUCCUUCAGACAAAGAAGAAGAAGCACAUUAUUCUCUUAUCAGUAGUGUAUGGUUGAGAUGCAUUUUAUCACGAAUUCAAGACCCAGUUACCUUAAAUUCAAUGAUUGACAUUACUUUGGGAAUUAUAGUUGCAUACUUUGUGUAUUCUCUUUACGAUACCAAUGCUUUUAACAACGCUAAAAAUCAGUUUCUUAUAAUUUAUGAAGGAUUUUUCAAAAUGGUGAUAAAUCAUUUUGAGUGGCUUAUUCGGGACAGCAAUCCUGGAGGAUUCAAGUUGAACAGACAGCUCAACUUAUUAUUUGGAAAUAUGGCUAUUGGAGGGAUCAAGUGGUGGAAGUCUCUUUAUGAAUUAUGUUAUUUACUCAUUGCUGACAAUGAGACAGUUAUUUUACUCUCCAAAAACUUGAUUCUUACUGCAGUUAUUGCCUGUUGCAUGACAGGAUUCUCAACAUUGGUUGCAGCAGUAUCUGACUGUUUCAUGAUAGCCUCUGUAAAUAUAUUACUUUUCUACAGAAUCACUAGAAGACUCUACUCACAACUCAUACAAAUUACCCUCUCUCUUUGGAGGUUAUUUAGAGGAAAAAAGAAUAAUCCUCUCAGAAAGAGAAUCGACAAUUGCGAUGACUACAGUAACGAGCAGCUCGUACUCGGUACAAUACUUUUCACCAUAUGCAUUUUUCUAUAUUUUACUGUUGCAAUUUAUUAUUUUACAUUUGCAUUUCUAUUUUUCAUGUUGGUGAUUGUUAGAAAGAUGCUUUUUGCAAUUAUUGUAUUCAUUAAUAAUUUCCCAGUAGCCACCCUGCUUAAUAUCAAAGGAAAAAGAAACAGAGGAGUGUUCUACCAGCACUUAUUUACUGAUUCCACUACAAAUACUAGCUAUUUGGAAAUGACAGCCACUACAAUGUCACUCUCAGAAGCCAUGCAACCUCUGAAGCAACAAAUUUUAGCACAGGUCAUCAAUUCUAAUACUUGUCCACACCAAAUGCAAAAUCAUACCAAGCUCCAAAACAUCAACCAAGAAGACACUCUUGAAGAGACUAGUUCUAACAUUAUUGUUCGCUUGCUACUUGGUUAUCCAUUGUUUUAUCACUAA